AAUUUUGCAAAAUCAUUUUAAAUUAUUCUUUUAUAUAUAAUGAGCACACUACAUGAAUAUUUCCUGAAAAUCUAUACUAUUUUUAAUAGAAAUCAAAUUUAAAGUUUGAAUUUUUAGAACCGCGCCAAAAACGCUAUUCCUGUGAUGGCGCCGGCAGAUGACGUCUGUGACGUCACACGCCAGUAAACACGAUCACGACCUGUCAGCCGAAGUUAAUUUCAUUAUUGUGCUUGAUUUUGCUAUAAAAUCAUAGAUAAAAUGGUCUAUAAAUGGUGUGUAGUGCCAAAAUGUACGAGUACGUCUAUAAAUAGUCCACAAACAUUGUUUGUUUCUGUUCCAACCGAUUGUAAAAGACGAAAAAAGUGGUUACUAUUAGCUCGGAGAGACCCAAAGGGCAUUUCAUCGACUUCAAAUGUAUUUAUGUGUAAAGAUCACUUCGAUAUGGAAAAAGACACCAUUAACUACAUGCAGUACAAAAUGGGUUUCAGCAAGAAGAUACUUUUGACAGAAGAUGCUGUGCCAACAAAAUUUCAUUGUCAAGAAGAUCGUAAAAGACCACUGUCUGAUGCUGGACUUUCUCGAGGAGCAUAUGUCAAGAGGAAAAGAAUGGAUUUGGUCAACACAUGUUUGCAAAGUCAAAAUGCUACUGAAGCCCAAGCUGAAAGCUUACAAAAAGAUGAGAGUUUGAUACAAGACAUUAUUGAACCUCAAGGUUUAUCAAGAAUCAAGUCAGAGAAACUAUUACCAACUCUAUCAUAACUGCAGAAAAAUCUGUGCAAGUAACAAUAAAAGAGAAUGUGCAUCAUAGGAGCAAAUCUGUGCAAACAAGAUGCCAGACUACAAGUAUUUCUACCUCACCAAUGAAAGUUUCUACAACAUCUCGUUCCACUUCGCCCUUUAAGAUUAAACCAUGCAGUCUUCGACCAUCACAGUCUGAAAUUGUCAAAGCAGUCAAGAGAAAUGUUUUUCUUGAAGAUGAAAAGUCAGAUAGUGAUAUUUCCUGUAUUGAAAGUGGUCGUCAUUUAUCACCUUUUGUAACUAAAUCAGCAUCAUCAUCAUCAGGGCUUACCGACUCUGAUAGUAAUGUUACAGAUGCCAAUGAGAAUAUUGAAAAAUUAGAGUGCCUCAAAAUUACUGUGCGUUCAAUCUCUAAAACACCAAUGAUGUAUGUUGGUAUUCCAAAAGAAUGUUAUUUCUUAAUCAAAUUGUUACAUAAACACACAAGCAUAAAAGUAGAACACAUUUUGCUAUGCUUGAAAAAGAUUAGAAUGAACAGUACAUUUUCUGAACUGGAGGAUAAUUUUGGAAUAUCAUUAUCUUAUGCUAGUAAAUUGUUUCU